UGGGGGGGGCGCGUGUGUGCGGGGGCAACGCUUGGAUUUUGUGUUUCCGUCGCGGUGAGCAGCAUGGACGUGCUUGCAGAGGAGUUUGGAAACCUCACUCCGGAGCAGCUGGCCGCGCCCAUCCCGACCGUAGAGGAGAAAUGGAGGCUGCUCCCAGCAUUUUUAAAGGUGAAAGGCCUUGUGAAACAACAUAUAGACUCAUUUAACUAUUUCAUUAAUGUAGAGAUAAAGAAGAUUAUGAAAGCCAAUGAGAAAGUUACAAGUGAUGCUGACCCCAUGUGGUACUUAAAGUAUCUUAAUAUUUAUGUUGGGCUUCCUGAUGUGGAAGAAAGCUUCAAUGUAACUAGACCAGUGUCCCCUCACGAGUGCCGACUGCGGGACAUGACCUACUCCGCGCCCAUCACAGUGGACAUCGAGUACACCCGCGGCAGCCAGAGGAUCAUCCGCAAUGCCCUACCCAUUGGCAGGAUGCCCAUCAUGCUGCGUAGCUCAAACUGUGUCCUCACAGGAAAAACACCAGCCGAGUUUGCCAAGCUGAAUGAGUGCCCGUUAGACCCUGGCGGCUACUUCAUCGUGAAGGGCGUGGAGAAAGUCAUCCUCAUCCAGGAGCAGCUGUCUAAGAACAGGAUCAUCGUGGAGGCCGACCGCAAAGGGGCGGUCGGGGCCUCAGUGACCAGCUCGACUCAUGAGAAGAAGAGCAGAACCAAUAUGGCUGUGAAACAGGGACGGCUUUACUUGAGGCAUAACACAUUGUCCGAAGACAUACCCAUAGUGAUCAUAUUUAAGGCCAUGGGUGUUGAGAGUGACCAGGAAAUUGUGCAGAUGAUUGGAACGGAGGAGCACGUGAUGGCUGCCUUUGGGCCCAGCCUGGAGGAGUGCCAGAAAGCUCAGAUUUUCACACAGAUGCAGGCACUAAAAUAUAUCGGGAACAAAGUCAGAAGGCAAAGGAUGUGGGGAGGCGGACCGAAGAAAACCAAAAUAGAGGAAGCAAGAGAGCUCCUGGCUUCUACCAUCUUGACUCAUGUGCCGGUCAAAGAAUUCAAUUUCCGAGCCAAGUGUAUCUAUACUGCAGUUAUGGUGCGAAGAGUAAUUCUGGCCCAAGGAGAUAAUAAAGUUGACGACAGAGACUAUUACGGGAACAAGAGAUUGGAAUUGGCUGGACAGCUUUUAUCUCUUUUGUUUGAAGAUUUGUUCAAAAAGUUUAAUUCUGAAAUGAAAAAGAUUGCAGACCAGGUGAUCCCGAAACAAAGAGCAGCCCAGUUUGACGUGGUCAAGCACAUGCGCCAGGACCAGAUCACCAACGGCAUGGUGAACGCCAUUUCCACCGGAAACUGGUCUCUGAAGAGAUUUAAAAUGGACCGUCAGGGGGUCACUCAAGUGCUGUCUCGCUUGUCAUAUAUAUCCGCCUUGGGCAUGAUGACCAGAAUCUCUUCCCAGUUUGAGAAAACAAGGAAAGUGAGUGGCCCCCGGUCCCUGCAGCCGUCGCAGUGGGGGAUGCUCUGCCCCUCUGACACCCCUGAGGGAGAGGCAUGUGGUCUGGUGAAGAACUUGGCCCUGAUGACACACAUCACGACCGACAUGGAAGACGGACCCAUUGUGAAGUUAGCCAGCAACCUGGGAGUAGAGGACGUGAACUUGCUCUGUGGCGAGGAGCUCUCCUACCCGAAUGUCUUCCUGGUUUUCCUCAACGGUAACAUCCUGGGUGUCAUUCGGGACCAUAAGAAACUCGUGAAUACGUUUCGGCUGAUGCGUCGAGCGGGCUAUAUCAAUGAGUUUGUUUCCAUCUCCACAAAUCUUACAGACCGAUGUGUCUAUAUCUCCUCUGACGGAGGAAGGUUGUGCAGGCCCUACAUAAUUGUCAAGAAACAGAAGCCUGCAGUCACAAAUAAGCACAUGGAGGAGCUGGCUCAAGGCUACAGGAAUUUUGAAGAUUUCUUACAUGAGAGUCUGGUUGAAUAUUUAGAUGUCAAUGAAGAAAAUGAUUGUAAUAUUGCACUCUAUGAACACACAAUUAACAAAGAUACCACCCACCUGGAGAUUGAACCCUUCACUCUUCUUGGUGUCUGUGCUGGCCUCAUCCCAUACCCUCAUCAUAACCAGUCCCCGAGAAACACCUAUCAGUGUGCCAUGGGGAAGCAAGCCAUGGGUACCAUUGGAUACAACCAGCGGAACAGAAUUGAUACGCUCAUGUAUUUACUUGCAUAUCCACAAAAACCCAUGGUUAAGACAAAGACCAUUGAGUUGAUAGAAUUCGAGAAAUUACCAGCUGGACAGAAUGCCACCGUUGCCGUGAUGAGUUACAGUGGCUAUGAUAUUGAAGAUGCUCUUGUCUUAAACAAGGCUUCUCUGGACAGAGGCUUUGGGCGCUGCCUGGUAUAUAAAAAUGCUAAAUGCACAUUGAAGAGAUACACCAAUCAGACUUUUGAUAAAGUGAUGGGGCCGAUACUGGAUGCUGCAACGAGGAAACCCAUCUGGCGACACGAAAUUUUAGAUGCAGAUGGCAUUUGUUCUCCAGGUGAGAAGGUGGAAAAUAAGCAAGUGCUCGUCAAUAAGUCCAUGCCCACGGUCACUCAGAUUCCUCUGGAAGGAAGCAGCGCACCUCAGCAGCCGCAGUACAAAGACGUGCCGAUCACCUACAAGGGGGCAACAGAUUCAUAUAUUGAGAAAGUGAUGAUAUCUUCGAAUGCCGAGGAUGCUUUUCUGAUCAAAAUGCUGUUGAGACAGACAAGACGCCCGGAGAUUGGGGACAAAUUCAGCAGUCGCCAUGGGCAGAAAGGUGUUUGUGGCCUGAUUGUCCCGCAGGAGGACAUGCCGUUCUGUGACUCUGGCAUCUGUCCGGACAUCAUCAUGAACCCGCACGGCUUCCCCUCUCGGAUGACGGUGGGCAAGUUAAUCGAGCUGUUGGCUGGCAAGGCCGGGGUUCUGGACGGCAGAUUUCACUACGGUACAGCGUUUGGAGGCAGCAAAGUGAAGGACGUGUGUGAAGACCUCGUUCGCCAUGGUUAUAACUACCUGGGGAAGGACUAUGUUACAUCUGGCAUCACAGGUGAGCCGCUGGAAGCCUACAUCUACUUUGGCCCCGUGUACUAUCAGAAGCUGAAGCACAUGGUGCUGGACAAGAUGCACGCCCGGGCACGGGGCCCUCGAGCCGUCCUCACCAGGCAGCCCACUGAAGGCCGGUCUCGCGAUGGUGGUUUGCGUCUCGGAGAGAUGGAACGUGACUGUCUAAUCGGCUACGGAGCCAGUAUGCUUUUACUGGAGAGACUAAUGAUUUCAAGUGAUGCCUUUGAGGUGGAUGUCUGUGGGCAGUGUGGACUUCUGGGAUAUUCCGGCUGGUGCCACUUCUGCAAAUCGUCCUGCCACGUGUCUUCGCUGCGCAUUCCGUACGCCUGCAAGCUGCUCUUCCAGGAGCUGCAGUCUAUGAACAUCAUCCCCAGGUUGAAACUGUCCAAAUACAAUGAGUGAAGAUGGGAAGGAGCGUUCCUCUCGAGAGGCACCGCUGGGGCCAGCGCGGUGGGCGGGGGCCGCCCAGCCCUUCCCCUGCUCCUGUGAAGAGUUCCCGCAAGAGUUCUUAUACAAAGCGGGGAGGGAGCACCUUAUUUUGAUGGUGCAGGGUUUUUUAGUGUGACUGGAAGACUUACUGAACCAGCAGUAAGUCCCGGGAGAGGCACGAGCAGUGCAGCCUCUCACGUGUCCACUAAAUUUGAUUCCCACACGGACAUAGUCUAAAAGGGAAACUUCUCUUUGGGCUCCAGAUCUUGGAACUUACUCCCUAAGAAGGUUCGGGACGCCAUUGCACCCGACGUCAUCUGGCUUUUGUAACUCAAAGUUUUGUGGACAGCGCGGAGGAUGCGGAGAAGCCGUUGGGGCCGCCCGAUCUGAGGGGAGCACGGGCAGCAGGACGCAGCGCACGGGACACGUGCCUUUCUGCUCCGGGACACACGGGGCAGCGCACGGGACAUGUGGCUUUCUGCUCCAGGACACAUGGGACAGCGCACGGGACACGUGCCUUUCUGCUGCGGGACACACGGGUUGCGGCAUCCUAGCAGCUGAGUCUGCCUUUGUCCACCAGAGUUCCCCAUUUUAAUCUUGGUGAAAGACAAUAAAUCGGUUCCUUCCCUUCUAAA